AACAAGCGACUGUAAGAGUAGGUUUGCUUUUUUUGAGGAGCUUUAUGUUUGACAUGCGCACACACAGCCAGCAGCAGCAGCAGCAGCAGAGACCCGCCGCUCGACACCGACACGCCGCGAGGACGGAGGCCGACGGACGUAUCGCAGCCGCGGGGAUGUGAGACGCACACGGGGCUGGGCGAGAGGGUUGUCCAGCAGACUGCGUUAAAACAUCCUCCAGCCGGCAUGCCUCCUGCUCAGAGCCUUCAAUCCAGCAGGCUGACCCUCUCUGAAACAAGCUUGGGUUCCUUUAAGAAGAGGAAGAGGAAAUCCAUCAUUGUGACGGUGUUGCUGCUCAUCGUAUCCGUGCUCAUCCUCAUCUUUGGCUUGGCAGCGACCACCAGGGCGCAGAACAUCACAGUGGGCGGCUACUACCCAGGAGUCAUUCUGGGCUUUGGCUCUUUUCUGGGAAUUAUCGGCUCUCAUUUGAUAGACAACAAGCGGCAAAUGUUAGUGGCAUCUAUUGUCUUCAUCAGUUUCGGAGUGGUGGCUGCCUUCUGCUGUGCGAUUGUCGAUGGAGUGUUUGCUGCGAGGCAUAUUGACCUCAGGCCUCUGUAUGCCGGCCGCUGUGAAUAUCACUCGAGUGAGACUUCCCCUGAACGUGACGUGCCCUGUCAGACCUCAUCGCGGUCGUCCUGUAACCUGCGCGUGAAGGGCAACACCUGUUACUGCUGCGACCUCUACAACUGCGGGAAACAACAUCCUCUUAUGGGACUUCAGAAUAAAGAUGUUUUGAAAAAGUUUAGGAAAUCAUCCAUGAUUUGGAACCGUGUGGAGGUCAUUGGAGGCUACCACGAAUACACAGAUGUGAAGAGCUGCCAGGACGUGGUGCACCUCUAUCACCUGCUGUGGUCCGCCACGGUCCUGAACAUCGUCGCCCUCUUUCUGGGCAUCAUCACCGCGGCCGUGCUGGGAGGCUUCAAAGACUUGAUUCCCUCUGCUGCCUCAGAGAGUACGUCUGAACCAGAGGCCAUCACAGCUCCAGUCCUCCCACAGCCUCCUCCACCCACCACCACCAUCAACUCAUAUUACAACACUGCCCCCUGCCUGCCGCCUUACACUGCGUACGACCGGCAGGGCUCCUGCCUGUUCCCCGACUCCUCGGGUCUUUCCGAUGACUCCCAGUCCGGAGCCAGCCACCUGUGGCCCACGAUGGUCCCCCCCCGCUACUCUCCUCCACACAACCACCCCGACGAGAAGCCUCCGCCGUACAGCCCGUAAGGCGGCCGCGAGCAGAGACGGCGCCUGAACCAACGUCAGGUGUUUUCAGGUGCUGACGGAGUGGUUUGAAUGCACAAUUCCUCCGAGCUUUUCCUCAAAAUCUUUACACAAACAGCGUUGACGAAAAGGUGUCGAGGGAGAGGACGACGACCACGGACCCAAAACAAAGAGCGCUCGUCUCCCAGGGCCGGCGCUCACACUGCACCGUGCGUGUGUGUGUGUGUGUGUGUGUGUGUGUGCGUCUCCACAUGACGAGACACCCGGAUCAACGCCAGGACUGUUUACAUAUCUAUCUGCCUUAACGCAAACGGGCUUCCAGCGCUGCAGCUCUUGGUCUCCUGGACGUACUCUCCUCCAGCUCAUGCUUUGUGUUUACCUCUCUUCGGGUCAUACUGUAAAUGCUUCAGAGACGACGACGUUCUCGCUGUUUGCACUGUGAGGAUCUGGACCGGUGCUCACGGCUCAAAACCCCGGUUACAUAAAAGCAUUGCCGUCUCCACCGAAUCGGCUAGGAAAUUAAUAUUUGUAGUAGUAGGCCAAAGCAAACGUUUCCAUAGCAGUUUAGUAGGCGGUCAUGGAGGUAGUGUUACGUGCUCAUAAUGUAUGACAGCAGGAUGGUAAACAGACGCUCUCAGCAGUUAAGACUAAAGUAUAUGAACAGAUCAUGGUGUCUAUUUAUCAACUCUUCAGUUCAUGUUCUAAAACAUCUCGCUCAAUGUGUGGUGCUCUUUGCAGAGCAAUGUUUUUGAAUGUUUUUGAAGAAAUAGGUUAUUCUGCAGUAGACGUUAAGGAAGGCCUGUGAAGUCAAUGUGCACUUCAAACCCUAUUUAUUAUCUUUUCACUCAAAUCUGCCAGACAGGUGCACAUGUAUGGUCUCUCUCUUUGUAAGUAGUCGUAAUAUCACAUCUAUGAGUUUUGAAAUGUGUCGUCUCUGUCCGGCCGAGUGGACAGUCGGUGCUGGAUUCACUGACAUGAAGUGGGAGAUCAUGAAGAGUUGAAAGUACUG